AUGAGGAAGCUGACAAAGAUACUAAUAGGUGUGGGCAUUGCGGUGCUACUGAUUGCGGUGCUGAUCCUCACCCUUGUUAUCGUGUUGCGGAAGGAGGAAUGGAUUGUCUUAGAAAAGAGCUUUUCAUCCCUAGGUGACAGCUGUAGCGCUGACUGGAGCGGAAACAGCGAUUGGAGGCGUACAAGAUGCAAAAUGCCUCUCAUCUGCUCAACCGCCAAAGACCAAAGGACAGGAUAUUGCCGGCUGCCUUGGAGUGAAGGGGAAGGCAAGAGCUGUGCAGCCUCUGUGCACCUCUGUUCCACGGGGCUCUCUUGUGAUCCCUACCUGAAGAUCUGUCGCCGUUUGAUAACCGUGGGGGGCAGCUGUACGGAGCAGAAUGCCUUUUUGUGCGAGUCUGGCAUCUGCGGAUAUGCUGCCACACAGACUGUGGACGGAGAGCCCUUAGGGGGUAGGCACUCCCUGUCACGCUACUGUAUUGUAAAGGAUCUACCCCCAGGUGCCUCAUGCGACCGAUUCCGUCACUGUGUAUCAGGCUGCCUACAGUGUGUCCAGGGUGUCUGUAAGCCAGUUAUGUCUCCCCUUGACCACCAACACUUGCUUCUCGAGCAACAGAAAGAGCUCUUAAUGCCACUGGCCGUUAAUGGGUUCAGCGCAGACCAGGAGCAACAGCCCCAGCCCACGAACACAGAGCCUACGCGCACAUCGAGACUGCUAAAACAAGAAUAUGAGAGUUGGAAGGACUCUUCAGGAGAGACAAUGAACAAACGCAUACAGAAAAGGCCUUUAGGACACCAAAAUUCUAGUCAGAAUGAACAAGAAUCAUUGCUGGACGAGCAAGCCAUCCGGCGUGCAUGGGAGCAGCGGGCUGCAGAGGUGUCAGCCAUUUUGGGAGAAACCGUUACACCACAGGAGUUGGCAGAAUUUUUUACUACGCCGAGAGACAUGUAUGGGCAGGCUCUUGGGGCUAUAGAGGGCGAACGGGGGUCCUCUGAGGGGGAGGAGACUAUUGCGGGUCAGCAGGCUCCCUGGGGAUCUGAUAUGUCGCAGCAAUAUCUUCACACGCUUCAACAGCCACAACCUUCAUUAGCAACGUCAUCACAGAGUCGCCCUCUUCUAAACGGCUCCUUGGCCAAGCGACUGGCUCGGCUGUUUACGGGUGUGUCAUACGCCUUCACUCCAGAGGAUCAGGAGAGCAGCCUCCCUUCUACCUUUGGGGCUUUCCCGCCAUCGCUGCCCCCCCAGCUGCCUGGUACUGCUGGCAUGGCCUCAAUGGGAACGAACCUUCCCCAGCAGAACAUCUAUGGAUCCCCUAACUACGACAUAGGUGUCUUCCCGUCCCUCGGGUCCUUGCAGCAGCAGAAUCAAGUGCCUGUGCACCUGCAGCAGCUUCAACAGCUGCAACAACUGCAGCAGCAGCAGCAGCGGGGGUACUCUUCCUAUGACUCCGCAUUAGAGGCAAUGGAGGCCUCAGGAUCUUCUGGGGUCUCUGCCGCUUCCUUGGAGCAGUCGCAAGGAGACACUGCCUCUGACGAAGAGGGCGGAGAACUCGAGGGGCUCUUUUUCCCAGGUAUUAUCAGCACUGCUGUCAAUCCUGUUUCGCCUUUAGGAGUUCCGGUAAGACGCCCUAUGGGGCCCCUCCCUCCUCUUAAUCCUCCCUUUAAUAUGCAGCGGCCGCCUAUUCCCACUCGCCUGCCUCCCGUGGUGCCUCCGCUCCCUUCGCACUUCCCGACUGCCUCCCAACCUACUUUCCCGCCGCUUGGCAAUAUGCCCAUGGUGACCCCAUCGAUUGGGGGGCCCCUCCCAUCGCCUCCCCUCAACACGGGUCUGCAUACUCCUCUAACGCCCCAUCCAGCAGUCAGCCCUCCCGUGGCAACUCUACCAGGCCUGCCAAACCGCCGUCCUCCAGAGUAUAAGGGCGGCUGUUGGUUGGAUCGAUGCUGCGCAACGGUGACCGGUUUCGCUGCCUGCUUCUGCGCUUGUCUGCUGCAGCACCACUACUGCUCCUUCUUGCAUGCCUCACAAGGCUGCCAGCCUAGGAAACGAGAAGGGGCGGCAUGUGUCGGGGACAGUGCGCGAGAGUGUGAAGACCGGCUUUCUUGCGUCAACGGGGAGUGUAGUCCAUGGUUCUCUUCCCGGCACGCCUCCGCAGGGGAUCCGAUAGUGCUGACAGACAAUGUGGACAUAGAUAGCGUCUGUGCCCCUUGGCAGCGGUUUGAAUACGGCCACUCUGCGCAUUCAUCUCAUCUUCAAGGAGGAAUGCCCCCUCAGCUAGCGCUACCAUCUCCACUGGAAACGCCUAAUCCGUAUGGCAACAAUUUGGGCAGAGAUAUCGUAAGGACAUUUAGGAAGUUCACCGGGAGAUGCACUGUGCUCGACAAGAAAAACUGCGUUACAGACAGGGAAUGUUGGGGUGUGGGAGGGUUUGGCUUCUGCGACGUCCGCAGCAAAAAAUGCCGUUCUCCAUCAUACCCAGCUUGUAUCUCCAUCCUAAAGGACUUGUACGCCUGCCUGUGGCAUGAGGGGAGGCUACGGGAGACAACAGAUGAAUACAUUGUGAGCCACAUGCCCAGGACUCCUCAGUUUUUGUUGCACGAGCUACCCAUCAGCGUGAAUCAUGUUCAAAGCAAGUGUAUACCUUCCGCGGUCCUCAACAAGAGGGCAGAAUUUCUCAAGUGUGUCCACGCUCAAGGAUUUACGCUGGAGCGAAUAGUCUACAUCCCAGAGGAAUGGUCUCAAGGGUAA